AUGACGAGGCGAUGGGGAGAUGACUACUCGUUUUCGCGAUUUUCCUCACGAAUAUCAACUCCACCCAGUAGGACAUCUUCCUCCUAUUCAUCUCGACUGAUAAGUUCAGUUUCUGGAAGCCAAUCUUCGUACACCAGUUCUUAUAGAAAUGCUUAUCGAUCAUUUCCUACUGUGAGUACCUCUCCCAGCUCAUCAAGCAGCUACGUUUCUUCUUCAUACAGUAGUGCCAGCAGCAGAAAUUACAGUCGUAAUGCUACUGCCACUUCAAUAAGAAACAGCUCUGAAAGUUUCGGAACCGUUUUCAGAAACAGACCAAGUUACAGUAUCACGACUACUGUCCGCUCCAGUAUGGACAACCAAUUCGCUUCCGACGUCCGUCUCCAGCGGAGCAUCAACAACUGUAUCAAAGCAACUACAGAUAUAGGCCGGAAGACGGAUUUCUUGCGACACGAAAUGGCCCAGAACCGAUUGAAUACGCUAGAGUUGCGAGAGAGGGCGCGUGAUCUGAGAUAUAGAAUCGAUACGAUACGAUCUCGUUCCGGCCCAUCCUACUCCUCGUGGGAAGACUACAUGGCACAGCGUUAA